UGGAGGAACGACGUCUCCUGAAAUCGCGUCAUGUUUACUUGAAAAUCGAAAGGACGCGUAAAAAAAUCGUACUAAAAAAUAACUUUUGAGCUUUUUAUUAAUAAGUAUCUGUUGUAAAUCUUUUAGUGUAUUUUCUUGAUACAAUUUUCGUGCUAUGUCUAUAGAUAUUGGCUAGCUAAAGUGCGGUUGUCUAAUCCUUGGAUGUGGUUCAUGUAUUGUUUCGUCGGACUACUAUAACGGCAAUGCAACUGCGGCGGAUCAACAGGCUCGCCGACCGAAAUGCUCUUGUUUGUUUUGUCAGUCGGAGCCAGUGAUGCAGCGUGAUGUUCGGUAACGCCACCGAGGAGGGCGAGGGCGACUCCACGGGACAGGCGCAUAUCGUGGCACUCCUCACUCUCUAUAUCCUCGUUUCUAUCAUCGGUAUUAUUGGUAAUGUAAGUUUAAUGGCCGCCUUAGCGUCAAGCGGUGCGUCUCGUCUACGCACACCGCAACUUCUGAGCGCGUGUGCGGCUGACCUGCUGGUGUGUGCGGCCAGCGCGCCCCUCGCCGCGACCCGCGCCGCUAGGAUACACCACUUGCCGUGCCAUGUCACGCAUUAUAUCGAAUCAUUCCCCGUGGCCGCAAGCACGCUGUCACUCGUAGCGAUGGCUGCGGACCGGUGCGGUGCGGUGCGGCGCGGCCGCGGCUCGCUGUGUGCACGCCCCUUUCUAGCCGUCUUCCUAGUAUGGCUGACGGCUUUGCUGCUAGGUGCAAUGACAGUAAUAGCAACGUGCCAAUUCUGUCCACCACUCGCAGCAGCCCACGCAGUCGUCACCUACUGCAUCCCUGUCAUAGCCGUCACUCGCUGUCAUUGGGCCGUUCGAGUCAAGCUCACAGCUCUAUCUCUGACAGCCAGAGCCGCACACGGCGAGCUCCCUUUACCAGUUCCAUUAAUACGGAGACCGACUCACGUUAUCAUAGUAGCAGGAGUCGGAGCUAGGGAAAGAAGAGACGCAGUAGACGGAGGAGACAUACGAUCGAAAAGGCUCCAACCGAGUCUAUUGGGUCCACAGCCUCAAACGUCAACGUUGCGUUCACGACGACGUUUGGGGAACGUAUUAGUUGGGAUUGCGUUAGUGUUUGCAGCGUGCUGGUGUCCGCAUGCCGCUAUAAUUAUAUGCAGCGCGUUUGGAGUGAACGCUCCGCUGGUUAUGUGCCAGUACGCGUUGUUGCUCGGCCACGCGCAUUCAGCGCUGAACGCUGCGGCCUAUUGGUUACUGAAUAGGCACGCGUUGACCGCCGCUUGCGCUGCGUGGCGCAUACCUCAGCUCAGGGUCCGGGAAGAAAGGCCUUCGUCCACGAACGAGGCGGCGUUGGGAGCCUUCCAUCCCCGUCUCGCUCGUCCAGCCCCCUCGCCCCGUCCCCCUCCCUCUAGCUUUCUAUAUUGAUGUCCAUCUAUAUUCCGUUUCACGACUUAAGGGUACUGUGGCUCAUGUCUGUAUUUGCAAACAUAUGUUUUGAUCAUAUUUUAUUCAAUUUAAGGCAAUGUACAGUAUAUUUAGUGUUUGGUUGUCUUUGUGACGUUACACUCUUUUCUCGCAUUGUAAAGUAAUUAAGACUUGUACUGUACAGAAUCGACACAGUACCCGUCAGUCGUAAAACGGAUGAUAUCUUCUAAGCUCUCUCGAUCUGUGAUUCCUGUCUCUCAGUGCCUCGUAUAGUCUACGCAAGAGCGUCCCGAGCGGCGUUAUGAACGUUGUUCGGGAUUUUAUUGUGAAUAUCCGUCAAGCAAUAAAGUGUAUGAAACUGU